AUGACCUCUAGGCAUGCACCGUCUCCCAUAUAUGGCAGUCGUCGUCGUACUCAUCUCUCCCCUUCUCCCCCAGUGAGGAACACCGCAGGAAAGCAGCUCGCUCAACUCGCCGCAAAAAGUGUCAUUGGCGAUGUUUCCAUCGUUGAAGACGACGUCAAGGCCAGUCGCCAGCACGCGACCCUCGCCGACCAGUCCGCCUGGUCUGAGCUCAUGGCAGUAGUUGCUCGAAUCCUCCCUUUUUUGCAUUCAAGAUCCCACGAAACACGUUCAGCGGCAUCGACCGCACUUUCACAAAUAUUCGCACUCGUCCCCCUCUGGCAGCCAUCUCCAGAUGCAGACACGAAGAGUGCUGACCACGUUUCUUCCUUGCCCCCUCCAGAAUUUCCGUCCUUCUCAGUGCGCGAACUCAUGGAGAAGGGCACUUUGCUACUAGCAUCCUCUGGCAGGGAGUUUGUCCGGCCAAGCGGUAUCCUUGCGAGCUCUUCCGAAGUUCAGAAAGCGCGCAAGGAAGCCAUGGGCCGCCUCGGGCUCGAUUUUCUUGACAGCUUCGGGGGCGACGACGACAUGGACAUCGACAAGGAACUUGCGGCAGACGAAGGCGACCAGGACGUAGACAUGGAGUUUGCCACAAAGACAGAGGAAGACGCGUCUGUGCUGACCCCUGUUGACGACGUGCCGGCCAAGAAAGAACCAUCACCCGUCCGCUCCAGAACAGGCACGCCAGCACCUGACGUGUCGAUGGCGGUCGACGACUCUGCUCUUUCCGCGCGGGAGCGAAACAGGCUAAAACGCAAGCGCAAACCAGGAAACAACGCAUUCGUCGCAGCCCCACCUCCAGCCCAAGGUUCAGGGGCCAAAUACAACGCAGCGCCGGCAGGGCAAUCAAAAGCCCGCCUUGUCAGCACGGACGAUCAAACAACGUCGAGUAGCAAGACGAGUCCCAGAUCCCCCCGUGACACGACGGCACAAGAAGGAAUUGUUAUGGACCCUUCGAAGGGUGGCGCGGUUUCACCGAAGGCCGCGAAACAAUCGAAGGCGCUGGAAGUGCGCACCGGCCAUUGGGUCUGGGACGGCCUUGUGAAGAUACUCGAAGUGGAUUUAUUCAGUCCCGCUUGGGAAGUGAGACACGGUGCUGCGAUGGCAUUGAGAGAGCUUUUGAAGUUACAGGGGAAGUACGGCGGAAUGCAAAUUGAUCUAAGCUGGGAUGAGAAUGAGGCUGCACACGAGCGAUGGUGCAACGAUCUUGCCUUGAAGUUCCUGUGCAUAUUCGUGCUUGACAGAUUCGGCGACUUUGUUUCCGAUCAGGUCAUCGCACCCGUAAGAGAAACCGUAUCGCAGACAUUAGCGUCUUUACUUCUGCACAUGCCGCGGCGAUCUGUCCUGCAUGUCCACGCGAUCCUCCUCGAGAUGAUUCGCCAGGACUUCCCUGUGCCUGUCAAGCCAUCGAAGGGGAAACUUAAGGACCAACAAGGGGACCGUGGGCAUGUGUGGGAAGUCCGGCACGCGGGUUUGCUUGGAAUCAAGUAUGAGGUUGCCGUCAGGAGCGAUUUGGUCAGCGCCGAGGGAGCUGAAGGGGAUCAUGCAGGGGCUCAGGAUGGAAGGGAAGUGCUGCGGGGCGUUGUCGAUGCCGCAGUUCUAGGGCUCGGUGAUCGCGACGACGACGUCCGGUCUGUCGCAGCGUCAUGUCUCCUACCUGUAGCUGCUCAUCUCGUGGAACGUCUUCCGGAGGAGCUGAGCAGAGUUUUGGCAGUCCUUUGGAGUUGUCUGAGCGAUAUGAAGGACGAUCUUAGCUCCAGCGUUGGAGCCGUCAUGGACCUCCUUGGUAAACUUGUCACCCAUGAUCGAGUCAUUGCAAUAAUCGCUGAUGAGACACAGUCACACCCUAUCACUGUCCUCGCUCCAACUUUAUUCCCCUUCUUUCGACAUACAAUCCCAAAUGUUCGACUUGCCGUUGUCAAGACCCUGCACACGUUCAUGACCGUCCCGACGCUACCCAAGGACUGGAUGAGUCUGUUGUUCCUCAGACUGCUAUACCAGAACUUGGUGGUCGAGGAGCGUCCCGACAUCCGCGACUUCACUCUUUCUGCGUGGCGAUUAGCCCUCUCUACUCUGAAUUCCGUGACGGGCUGGAUCGAGUCGCUUAUCGACCAGCAGGUUCUGCUGGAGUGGUACGCAAUUAUCAUGACGCCGCUCGGGAUGAGGCUGGAUGUUUCCCACUUCUACGACGCGACCGCAUCUACCGACAACGAGGGUGCGCCCGAACGACAUAACGUGGACAAGAACAUGCUCACGCAGGACCUGGGGCUGGUCUCGGUGGAGAUUGUGCUCAAGGCGCGGAUAGCUGCUGCCUCGGCGCUUGCCCUCAUCAUAGCAUCCUGGCCGGACAUGGGCCAAGGUCUCUCUCUAGAUGACAUGUUCCGCCCCAUCCUCAUCCAUUAUGUUGAUUCUACCAGUAUGCUCCAGAAGUUCUUAGCCGCAAUCAUCUCCGAGGAAUGGGCACGAGAGUAUGAUGCUACUGUCGCCCCGCGGGCUCCGCUGCUCACGGAGAAAUCUGCCCUUGCGACGGAGAUCAGCGUCAAAACGCUUGCCUGGUUGCAGGCCGACCCGCCCGCUGCAUACCACGAGAUGGCGUUUACACUUGCUCGUAUCCAUGGCGAGUGCUACAGCCUCCUGCAGUCGUUCGCGUACGACUGCAAGAUCUCGCACGCGGCAAUCCCGUCACUGGGCACGGAAGUGGACGUCACAGGCACGAAAGCGGACUGCUUUACCAUCGAAACUGCGCAGGCGGCUGUGGGCGCUAUGUUCACAAAGCUGAAGGACAGCCUAGGGAAGACAAAGAAGCGUGAGCUGGCGAUCAUCAAGGAAAAGCGGGCGAAGGUCAUCGCAAGUAUUGAGCGCUACACUGAAGUCAAGGCCCAAUAUGACAUACGUGUAUCCGCUACCUUCGCUGCUGCGUUCGUUGCAUUCAAGAAUACGCCUGAUAAGGUCAGCCCGAUCGUGAAGGGGAUCAUGAACAGCAUCAAGACCGAGGAAAAUGCCGAUCUUCAGACACGCUCUGCGGUAGCCGUCGCGUCCUUCAUCGAGUUUUGUGUCCGGCGUGAUCUUGCUCAGCCACCAGACAAGAUUGUGAAGAAUCUCUGCACGUUUCUCUGCCAGGAUACGAACCAGACGCCCACAUUUGCCUUUGCUCGGAAAACGACCAGUGGGAUAUUAUCUUUUAACAGAACGACUGGGAACAAAGAAGAGGCGGAGAAGACUCCUUCCGGUUCUGAGGAUGCUGCGAAAGCACAUCUUUCCCGUAGAGGCGCCCAGUUUGCCUUUGAGGAGCUGUCGAAGAAGUUCGGAUCACAUUUGCUGGAUGUCGUUCCCAAGAUGUGGCAUUCAAUGGCAGGAGGACUGCUGAGUGCCUGCGCGACUGAUACUGUCGGCAAGAUGGACAAGCUCAUCGAGAAGCAUUUCGGCCAGGAUCUUAUUGAUUCAUUCAGCGUUCUAGAAGCCGUGGUGCCCACGUUUGAUGAGGCUCUCUGGCCAAAGUUUCACGAACUGUUCCCGAUGAUUAUCCUUGCGCUUCGCAGCCAAUUCGCGAUCAUUCGCCAGUCGGCGGCUCGAUGCUUCGCUACUAUAUGUAGUACCAUGACGAUGGAUGCGAUGCGAUGUGUCGUGGAGACCGUGCUGCCAUUCCUCGGAGAUGCGCUGAACCUCUCUAAUCGCCAAGGCGCAGUAGAAUUGGUUUAUCAUAUUGUUCAAAAGCUGGACAUCAAAGCCCUACCGUAUGUCAUCUUUAUGAUCGUGCCAGUACUUGGUCGUAUGAGCGAUUCGGACGACGAUAUCCGGUCUACUGCAACGAACACGUUCGCUUCCCUUGUGAAAAUGGUUCCACUUGAGGCUGGCUUACCUGAUCCACCUGGUUUCUCUGAGGACCUGCUCCAGAAGCGAGACGAGGAACGGCAGUUCCUCAUGCAGCUACUCGACGGUAGCAAGGUGCAGCAGUAUGAUAUGCCUAUUACCAUCAAGGCGGAAUUGCGAAAAUAUCAGCAAGAGGGUGUCAAUUGGUUGGCAUUCCUUGCCAAGUACCAGUUACACGGUAUUCUUUGUGACGACAUGGGGCUCGGUAAGACAUUACAGUCCAUCUGCAUCCUGGCCAGCAAACAUUUCGAACGAGCCAAGAAGCACGAUGAGACAGAGUCCCCAGACUCCGUUCACCUACCUUCUCUGAUUGUUUGUCCACCUACUCUGACUGGUCAUUGGUACUAUGAGAUCCUCAAGUACGCUGACAACCUGAAGCCCGUGAUGUACACCGGCAACUCACGCGAGCGCGGGCGACUCCUUGGCAAGUUGAAGAAACAUGAUGUCGUGAUCACCUCGUACGAGGUCGUGCGGAACGACGUUGCCAAUCUCCAAGACUUUAACUGGCACUACUGCAUUCUUGAUGAGGGUCACAUUAUUAAGAAUGCGAAAACCAAGCUGACGAAAGCGGUCAAAUCACUUCGGGCGCAUCAUCGGUUGAUAUUGUCUGGGACGCCUAUUCAGAACAACGUGCUGGAGUUAUGGAGUCUGUUCGAUUUCUUGAUGCCGGGGUUCUUGGGGACUGAAACUUCAUUCAAUGAGCGGUUCAGCAAGCCGAUCCUGUCCAACCGCGAUGGCAAGUCCAAGAAUGGCGAAGCAGCUGCUCUUGCGCUAGAGGCUCUGCACAAGCAGGUUCUGCCGUUCCUUCUGCGUCGGUUGAAAGAGGAUGUGCUGCAUGACCUACCACCGAAGAUCAUUCAAGACUACUACUGCGAGUUAUCCGAGCUGCAGAAAUAUCUCUAUGACGACUUCUCAAAGUCUCGGGCAGGUGCAGAGGCUGCGGACGUUGUCCGCUCCGAUCAGGCAGGCAAGUCGGGUGAACAGCAGCACGUCUUCCAGUCACUGCAGUACUUGCGGAAGCUAUGUAACCACCCUGCGCUUGUGCUGAAAGACAAGCACUCGGUCGUGAACGCCUUAACGAACGCCGGCCAGAAGACACAGUCCGGGGAUCUGAGCGAUAUUCAACAUGCGCCAAAAUUACUUGCUCUUCGGCAACUGCUUGUGGAUUGUGGUAUCGGUUCAGCACCUGGAGUCACCGGAGAAACGGUCAAGAGUGAACUUGCUGAUGCAGAGCCGACCUCGACUGGGGCCUUCUCGCAACAUCGUGUGCUCAUCUUCUGCCAAAUGAAACAGAUGUUGGAUAUCAUUGAGAGGGAUCUAUUCAAGCAGCACAUGCCCUCUGUGACGUACAUGCGCUUGGACGGCGGCACCGAUGCGAACAAACGGCAUGCUAUCGUGCAAACCUUCAACUCGGAUCCCAGUAUUGACUGCCUUCUGCUCACAACUCAUGUCGGCGGGCUUGGUCUCACAUUGACAGGCGCUGACACCGUCAUCUUCGUGGAACACGACUGGAAUCCCAUGAAGGAUUUGCAGGCCAUGGAUCGCGCGCAUCGUAUCGGGCAGAAGAAGGUCGUGAACGUAUACCGGUUGAUCACGAAGGGUACAUUGGAGGAGAAGAUUAUGGGCCUGCAACGAUUCAAGCUCAAUAUCGCGAAUUCCGUCGUCACGCAACAAAAUUCGGGUCUAUCCUCUAUGGACACAGACCUUGUGCUGGAUCUCUUUAGACGCACGACGGAGGACGACGAUGUCGCGGCUAUGAGCAAAAAGGACAAGGAUCCGGCAGCGAUUCCCGGCCAGAAGAAUGUGCUACGGGGCCUGGAAGACUUGCCGCCAGAAGAAGAGUACGAAGGAUUGGAUCUGUCAAGUUUCAUGAGUUCCUUGGGACGGUGA